AUGCAGAAUCAAAUUAACGCGUUGGAAUCGCAGAAAAACCAGUUGCGCGAUGAGAGCAACCGGAUGCGAGCUCAGAUUAAUCAGAUGCAGGCGUGGCUUACCCUAAAAGAAAAACAAAUGGGACAGCCGGCGCAGCCGGCAGAACCAGAUGACAAAACGGCUAUUUUACACCAGAUGUUCACACCGUGCCACAUACUGCUAAGAUAG